ACGCCUUGCAAGGUGUGCUUGGCGAGAUGGCCGACCAAAAAGUCAGUUUUCAGAACAUCGGCACGUCCAUCCCCGUCGACAACGUCCAAGCUCUCGCAGCUUCCGUCGCUGACUCCGGCGCCGUCCCUCCGAGAUACAUCAGGCCGGAAGUCAACGCAUAUCCAGUCGCUCAGGAUGGAGACGGUGAGCUUCCGGUGAUCGAUUUUGCGAGGCUCCUCGAUCUCCGCUUCUCCCAGGAAGAGUCUGCCAAGCUUCACUACGCCUGUGCCGAGUGGGGCUUCUUCCAGCUGCUGAAUCAUCAAGUUCCGGAGGAAGUGAUCGAGCAGAUGAAGGCGGAUAUUAUGGAGUUCUUCAAGCUUCCUCUGGAAGAAAAGAAGGCAUUCGCGCAGGGACCGGGAGGAUUGCAAGGUUAUGGACAAGCUUUUGUGAUGUCGGAGGAGCAAAAAUUGGAUUGGGCGGACAUGUUCUUCGUCAUAACUCGCCCAGUCCAUUUGAGGGAGAUGAGAUUCUGGCCGACUCGACCUCCCACUUUCAGAAACACGCUCUCAUGCUACUCAGCGGAGCUCAAGAGAGUAGCGAGCACUUUGAUGGAGGUUAUAGCAGAAGCGCUGGGGAUCGCACCCGACCGACUCCUUGAUAUCUUCGACGACAUGCCGCAGGGCGUGAGGAUCAACUACUAUCCCCCAUGUCCCGAAGCCGACCAGGUGUUGGGCUCCUCGCCACACACGGACGGCGGCGGCGGCUUGACGUUGCUCCUCCAGAUCAACGACGUCCAAGGACUUCAAAUCAAGAACAACGGGAAAUGGUUCCCCGUGCGUCCCCUUCCCGGCGCUCUCGUCGUCAACAUCGGCGACAUACUUGAGAUUCUGAGCAAUGGAAAGCUGAACAGCAUCGAGCACAGAGCAGUUAUAAACACCGAGAAAGAACGCCUCUCGGUGGCCACGUUCCUUUUGCCAAGCGAAGAUGCCGUCAUCGGCCCUCUUCCGGAGCUUGUGACGAAAGGAUGUGAGGAGAAGUACAAGACGAUGAGCUACCGAGACUUCUUGAGGACGUUCUACGCCAGAAAGCUCGACGGGAGAAGCCUCUUGGAAAGCCUCAGGUUAUAAGAUCUUGGGAGAGAAGAAGCUAAUACUUAAAUAUGUACAUCAUGAUCUCAGAGUGAUAAGAAGAACCAUGUUAAAAACCGAUCAUGAACAUAUGUAUAUCUACUUUCCUGAAGUAUGAAAUGUUUCCGAUUA